AUGGCUUCUAGGAGACUUGUUGUUGCUGGAGGAAGCGGUUUCCUCGGGUCUCAGAUUUGCAGAGCCGCCGCAGCACGAGGCUGGGAGGUUACAUCACUAAGUCGAUCUGGAGAGCCGCGCUGGAACGUCCUCACAAGCUCCACGGAGCGACCAAGCUGGGCCAGCUCAGUGGAAUGGGCCAAGGCCGAUAUUCUCAAGCCGGAGACUUAUAAGCCAUUCCUAGGCGGUGCGUCGGCUGUCGUCCAUUCGACGGGUAUCCUCCUCGAGGCAGACUACAAGGGCGUCGUACAAGGGCGUGAACCCAUUCUCUUCCAAAUUGGGAAGCCAGAAUCCGCUACUACGAAAGGAGGGGGGGCUCUCGAGCCCAAGGAGAGGGAUGGACAAUUGACUUAUGAAUUGAUGAACAGGGAUUCCGCUAUCGCACUCGCCCAAGAAUCUUCAAAUGAGCAUGUCCCGGUCUUCGUGUAUAUCUCUGCUGCGGCUGGAGCGCCGUUCCUGCCAGCCCGCUACCUCACUACUAAACGCGAAGCCGAGGCCACCAUCUCAUCUUCACUCCCCGAGCUGCGGAGUGUCUUUAUUCGUCCGGGCUUCAUGUAUGAUUCAAACAGAAAGUUCACGUUGCCGAUCGCUCUUGGCGGCUUUGUCGCCUCCGAAUUCAACAACUUCCUCGGAAACAAGCUUGACUUCCUCGGGUCCAUGGCCGAAAAACCGCUGAAAGUUAAUGUGGUCGGGGAGGCAGUGGUUGAGGCAUUGGAAGAUGAGUCGACAAGGGGGCCCGUUGGAACGAAGCAGAUUGAGCAGUUGGCAACAAAGGCCUGGAGGAAGACGAUGCUUUAG